CUCCAGCUUUGACCACCUAAGAAACUACUCCUUCUCCACUUGUCAUUCUGAGGCCCCUGCGUAUCCUGCACCCCAGAGAUGGAGGCACUUCUAGGGGUAAAAAUUGGCUGCCUGUUUGCCUUGCUGGUUCUCACUCUGGGCUGUGGCCUUAUUCCCAUCUGCUUCAAAUGGUUCCAGAUGGAUGCAACUACAGGUCAUCACCACCGGGUCCUCAGCCUCCUGGGCUGCAUCUCUGCUGGUGUUUUCCUGGGAGCAGGGUUCAUGCAUAUGACUGCUGAAGCCCUAGAGGGAAUUGAAUCAGAGAUCCAGAAGUUUAUGGGGCAGAACAGUACAGAAAGAAAGGGAAAUUCUUCUGAUGAUGGUGGUUCAGUUCAUGUGGAGUACCCCUAUGGAGAGCUCAUCAUCUCCCUGGGCUUUUUCUUGGUCUUCCUUUUGGAGUCGCUGGCAUUGCAGUGCUGUCCUGGGGCUGCUGGAGGAUCAACAGUUCAGGAGGAAGAAUGGGGUGGGUCCCAUUCCUUUGGAUUCCACAGUCAUCCACCUCUACCCUCAUCCUCACCCUCACGGGGCCCCUUUCGAGCCCUCAUCCUCUUGCUGUCACUCUCCUUUCACUCAGUGUUUGAAGGUCUAGCUGUGGGGCUACAGACAACAGUAGCAGCUACCAUACAACUCUGUGUUGCUGUCCUGGCUCAUAAGGGGCUUGUGGUGUUUGGUGUAGGACUGCGGCUGGUGAAGUUAGGCACUGGAUCACAGUGGGCUGCAUCCUCCAUACUAUCAUUAGCUCUCAUGUCCCCCUUGGGCCUAGCCCUAGGGCUGACUGUGGCUACAGGGGACUCUGAAGGGGGGCAGGGCUUAGCCCAGGCUGUAUUAGAGGGUGUGGCAGCUGGCACAUUCCUGUAUGUCACCUUCCUAGAAAUUCUGCCUCGGGAACUGGCUGGUCCUGGGGCCCCGCUGGCCAAGUGGGGCUGCAUGGCUGCUGGUUUCACCCUCAUGGCUGUUGUUGCCUUAUGGGCCUGAGAUGACUGUUCUGAUGGACCUAUCUAGGAGGAUACCUCCCUGCCCCCAGGAGACACCUCCCAAAUGGCUACGGCUUUGGCCCUCAGGCAUUUUUUCACUGACAUUAAAGGACAUUCACUAGAGGGGUAAUCCCCUGGAUUGGACCCCAGCCUUUACCCAUAUGAGAUCCCAUUUCUCACUCUGGACUGAGAAAAGGAUGUUUAGGCUCAGUGCCUAUUUAGCGAAGAACUGGUAUCAAUGCCAUCACUCCAGAUUUGACUGUUACCAUUUAUGCUGCUCUGUGUAAUAAAAUGUCAUGCUCCCUUUUCCCUUCAGCCACACUGUACUUCCUUUCUCCCUGUUGCCUAAAGGCCAUCCUGUAGGGGAAGUGGCAGAAUGGGAAGGGUGAAUGCUGGAUGCAGUGUUUUCUUCUGGAAUUGGGAUCUCAGCUAUGCUGGUGCAGGUCAUGCCCAUGGACAUAAAAGCACUGCUGAAAUUUCAGUAAUCCCCUCCCUCCUGUACCUACAGAAACUGAGAAAAUAAGCCAAUGCUUCCAGCAUUUAGACGGAAAGAGGUUUCAAAACAGAAAUCAGGGGCAUCAAUAUCUUUUUUUUCCUAUACUAAAACCUCACCCUACUUCCAGUACCUCCUGUCAGCCACCCACAAUGUGCCUGGCAGACCCAAGAACAUCAGGCUAAAUGGAGCCUGUUUCCAUUCAACUGAGUUUCUAUAUUUCACAAAACUAUGUGGCCUAGGGGACAUUGCUGUUCUUUGAGUCUCUCUCUCCUUCCAGCUGUCUCAGGCUGAAGGAUUAAAAAGCAGCAUGUUUGGAGAGGGAAAAAGGCUGCAAAUAAAUACUUGAGGUGAUUAUUUAGCUCUGCCACUGUUUAAUGGUUUUCCUACUGCCUGCAGUACCAAUUGUCUUUCAGUUUCAGUAACCCCUACGAUGUGUUGCUUCCCCACUAAAAAGUGCUCAGGGAAAACACAAAAGCAGGUAAUCUGGAAUUGAGAAGGAAUAGGAGAGCUGUCGCCCAUCUAUAAGCUGGAGGACUGUCUCAGACUUAAUGAAGAAAUAGGGAAAGAGGAGGUAUGCCUAGGGAGUUCCCUCACUCUCGUCAGUUGCCCCUUCUAAGAUUUUCUGUGUGGAACCCAAAUAGCCUUAACAUGGUCAAGAUCUCCCGAGUUCACUCUUGUCUCAGUCUUUGUCUCCUUUCCAUCUUUUUCCCCUCCUCACAAAAAAAUACAAACCCAGUUUUCACACCCGGGAA